UCGUGAUAGUAACAUCGUAAACGUUGGCAUGCAUAUGCAACUAGCAAAAGAUUGGUGGGAAGAAGCAGGGCAGCGAUGGAGAGUGGAAAGUUACCGAUUCUCAGAAUUCGCGUCGUGAAAUUCCUAAUUCAAUCUGCUCAUGAUCUUGAAGUGGCUCCAAUCGUCAAAUAUUCUGCGUUGUCGCUUUUCGCUGAUAGAUUCUACCGAUCGCUUUCUGGAUUCACCACCUGCAGCAAUGACUCAAGAUAUUGGCUUCUGCAACCAAUCACAGAAAGCAAUUUGCAGUUAUUUGCACUUGCUUCCUUAUGGAUAUCUAGCAAAUUGCACACUUCUCAUCCUCUUUCUAUAAAACUUCUGAAGUCUUUUGGGGAUAAGAUGAUUAAAGAACAACACUUCAUGACACGGGAUUUAUUGGAUGCAGAGGUCCUAUUCAUGCAGAUAUUGAAGUUCGAGAUUGGUACUGCGAAUAUCACUUUUAUAUUUCUUGAGGAACUUCUUAUUCAAUUGAAGAAAGUAGCAAAAGUUGGGGAGCUUGUGAACUGGGAAGCAUGCAUGGACGUAAUGGAUCUACUAUAUGAAAAAGAGGAGACAUCUGUGUUUUACAGUUCUCCUUAUUCUUUAGCUGCUGCCAUCUUGGUUGCUUCAUAUCUCAUCACUGUUCCAGUUCAAGAAUGGGAAUUUCCAGUUAUUCCCUGGGGUGACUAGAUUACCCUAGACGAAGGUGCAGUACCCAGAUGUCGACUUUCUAUCAACAACAGAGCUGCCCAGUCAGAGUCGGUAUACGCUUCGAUAGACCUUUUAUUGGACUUUCUGAACAUCAGGCCCUUACCAGGAGUCUCCUUCAAGUACCGAAGGAUACGUUCAACAACAGUCAUAUGUUCCUCAUAGGGAGCCUGCAUAAACUGACUUACAACACUCAUUGCAUAUGAAAUAUCGGGUCUUGUGUGGGAUAAGUAGAUUAACUUCCCAACUAAUCGUUGAUACCUUUCCUUGUUAACAAGAAUUUUGUUAUUUGUAUCACCGAGCUUUACAUUAUACUCCACGGGUGUGUCAACUGGUUUACAACCAGUCACGCCAGUUUCUUUGAGUAAGUUCAGUGUAUAUUUCUGUUGCGACAUUGAAAUACUUUCUUUUGAUCGGGCCACUUCCAUUCCAAGGAAGUAUCUCAGCUUACCGAGGUCUUUAAUCUCAAACUCUUUGGCCAUUUUUGUUUUAAGCCUCGUAAUUUCAACUUCAUUGUCUCCAGACAGAACAAUAUCGUCAACGUACACUAUGAGGACUGAAAUCUUCACUGAGCCUGACUUUUUCGUAAACAGUGUGUGAUCUGAGUGCACUUGUUUAUAUCCCUGUGCUUUAACAAAUGUGGUGAAUCUGUCAAACCAGGCUCUUCGAGAUUGUUUCAACCCGUAUAAAGACUUCCUCAGUCUGCAUACCCUGUGUUUGAACCGACUCUCGAACCCGGGGGGGACUCAUAUAGACUUCCUCUUCAAGUUCCCCAUUUAAGAAUGCAUUCUUGACAUCUAACCGGUGAAGCGACCAAUCUUUAUUCACAGCAAUAGACAACAACACCCGAAUAGUGUUGAGCUUGGCCAUGGGAGAGAACGUUUCAGAGUAAUCUACUCCGAAGGUCUGAGUGAAGCCUUUAGCAACAAGUCUGGCCUUAUACCGGUCAAUCGUCCCAUCUGACUUGUACUUUACGGUGAACACCCAUUUGCAUCCAACCGUCCUAUGUCCUUCAGGCAAAACCACAUGUUCCUAAGUUUCAUUUUUCUCAAGAGCCCUCAUUUCUUCCAUAACAGCAGAUCUUCAUUUAGGACUCUCCAUUGCUACACGUAUGUUGCUCGGGACCAUGACAGUGUCCAAGCUGGUAGUGAGAGCUUUAAACCCGGGUGACAGAUUACUGUAUGUCAUGUAGCUGUGCAUAGAAUACUUCGUGCAUGAACGAGUACCUAUCUUAGGGCUAUAGGAAGGUCGAAAGACGCAUCAUGAUUUUCCAAUUCUCUAGGUUUCACACCAUGAUUGGUCAUCUGCAUAUCAGGGAUUUCAGCGAUAUCCUCCACAUCAUCACCAACUGUUCUAGUAUCAUUACCAUUUGCUGGCAUAUUUUUCAUACUACUAUCAUUCUCAAUUGUCUCCUCAUCUGUCACAUUUUCGAUAUUGCCACUUCCUUCAUCCUUAUCCUCUUUGCAUUUGUCAAUCUCCGUACACAUAUCAACAUCAUUAGUUUCAGGAAUACACGUACCUGGACCUGAUGCAAGGUCUGACUCAUGGACCGGAGUCGGCGGUUCAACAGGUGGCACUACUUCCUUUCUAAGAUUCUUUCUAUAGUAGGUUAUCCACGGAAUCUAAUUGGUAGGAAGGAUCGGACAGACAUUUUCAGAGCUGGGAGGAGGAAUAAGGGCUGAUUCUAAGGGAACAGCAUAGGAGGACUAGUUAGUUAAGUAAUUGUCUUCAUCUCUAGGGCUUCCUACUGUCAAUUUAUUCGCUCUGCUCCCUUGAAUUCAGUGUAUUAAUUCAAUAAUAAGAAAAAGAUCUAUAUCGUGGUUUUUCUCCCUGUUCUAGGGUUUCCACGUAAACUGUAUAUUCUCAAUUUUCUCCUUUUCUCUUCUAUAUUUCAUCAUGGUAUCAGAGCAUGGUGAUGAAACCCUAGGCAUCAUCGACGAGAAUCAACCACAGACUUUUUCAACAGCCUC